CAUCACUCUCACUCUGGGCCAACAUCCAAAAACAAGUUGCCAUUUCCCUAACCCACAUAGCUAAGCAAGUUCCGACGUGUUCAAUUUACAGAAGCCUCCUAACCAAGUUUCCUUCACUACCCGUUUUAAUUUAAAGCCUCCACCAUUACAGACUCCGUUUCUACCGUGUUGUACUGUCAGGCAUCUUUCAUUUUUCCACCCUUUAAGCUCUGAUCUUGACUUUAUCAUCGUUGUCGUCUAGGAUGGAUCGCACUCAAGAUCGAUCCGAGGUUGUGUUUUUUGACGUUGAAACCAUUUACGCCACUCCCGUCAUUGUGGAGUUCGGAGCCAUCUUGGUUUGCCCCGAGACGCUAACGGAGCGCCACAACUACUCCACACUGGUCAGACCCGCCGACCCUUCCAUCAUCCCUCCCGUGUUCGAACGCAGAAACGGCAUUACUCGAGAUGCUCUCGCCGGUGCUCCUACUUUCGACGACAUCGCUGACAGGGUUUAUGAGCUUCUUCAUGAUCGGAUUUGGGCCGGCCAUAAUAUCUUAGAGCAUGACUGCCUUUGCAUCAGAGAGGCAUUUAGUGAGAUUAAUCGGCCACCACCAGAACCCAAGGCUACUAUUGACUCUUUGCCUCUGUUGACUCGAACGUUUGGAAGGAGAGCUGGUGACAUGAAGAUGGCAAGUCUUGCAACAUAUUUUGGGCUUGGACAACAGAUACAUAGGAGCCUAGAUGACAUUCGAGUGAAUCUGGAAGUUAUCAAACGCUGUGCAGCUGUCAUGUUCUUGGAAUCAAGUUUUCCAGAUGUAUUCACAGUGAAUAGUGGGGUCUCUACAAACACUCCCAGAAAAAGUUGUGGUCAUGGAAAAUCAUUACCAAAAGGAGGCACUGAAUUGGACACAAUAGUUGCUGAUGGAGUUGAUCAUCAACCUCAACCACAAAUGUCUUCUUCUACUGCUUUGUCUGAGGCUAGCAGCAACAAUUUUGCCGUUUUGAAGCCCCAUGAAAUUCUCAUCUCUAGCCUCACCGCAUCUCUUGUUCAGUCGUAUCAUGGCACUCCGAGGAUACAACUGUUACACGAUAAUUUCCCUUUCCAGCUUUCUUGUGCUGAUCUCAAAAUCCGGUUUGGAAUAAGCGAUCUGAUGUAUUAUGAUGAUGCAGGCCGACCAAAGUUGGAUUUUGUGGUUGAUGCAUCACAAAGCUUUUGUGAGGUUCUUGAAGCUUGUGACGCUAUUGCACAGAGGUUUUCUUUCGGUUCUGGCAGUAGCUCUGAUUGGAGGCCACUUGUUGUUACCAGAAAAGAGGGCUUCGUCCAUUAUCGUACUGUCAAGUUACGGAUUCCUAUAUCAGAAUGUGGGGACGUUGUCAGAUUUGCAAAUAAAGUAUACAAGAAAGAACCAUCAGGCACUGUUCAAAAGCUGCGCUUCAAUUAGUCUGAUACUACAGAGCUGAGUUGCUUGUUGAAGCCAGGGACUCUUGUUGAUGCAGUGAUCUCCUUAGAUCCAUAUGACUAUCGACAGAAAGCAGGGAUUAAAUUGGUUGCUCAAAAAUUGACCAUACAUGAGUAGAGGGAAUAUAUAUACCUGUGUUGGCUAGGUGACAAUCACAUGCCAACAAAUAGCAAACAAUAAUAGAUUAUUAUCGAAUGUAUGAAAUGAAUAUUAGUUGCUGUAAAGUUAUUUAACUCCAAUGAUGCUAGCUUCAUUCAGUGUCGGAAUAUUCAUUAAUAAGCUGGCAUAUUUGACGGACACCCCUAUAUCUUAUUCUGCGGGGAGACGAUUACAAGAAAAAUCCGUCCCCGUCAGGGCUGCUUCUGUGAGGCCAUCUUUGUGGAUCAUUUCUUUUUUCCGAAUCAAAAUUGGUUGAAGUGAGAUCCCCAUGCUCAGUAACUUAGUAUUAGCCUGUUUCUCCCUCAUCAGAGAUUGUUGUUUAGACAUUAUACACGAUUUUAAUGCUUUUUGGU